GCAUCCGCGGGACGAGGAGGCCUCCGGCCUCAGCGAGAGCUCCCAGGACGUGGGGCGGGCUCGGGUGGAAAGGGGGAGGGAAGGUGAAAUGCGAAUGGUUUGGGCAAAUUGGGCUUUGAGUGCGAAGAAAUGUGGGGCAUUUGGUUUUGUGGAGCUGCAGUUUUGGGGUAUUUUCACCGUUAUCUAUCGUCGACAUCUUGGCUAUGGUGUGUUUGUCACCGGAAUUGGUUGGAAGACGAACAACGGACUUCGUGGCACGUCUUCAUCCAAUCCGACACCGUUGGCGACGUCACGUUGCGACGGAAAGAUCGAGGCGAUGAAG